AUGGGUCUCGACGCACCGCUGGCCGCCCGGUGCGUCUCGGCACUCGCUGCGCUGCUCGAGCGCGAAGAACACUUAUUUCUGAGACGACCCCCAACAUGGCCGACAGCCAAGGCUGCGCUCAAGGCCUCGCAGCACUUCACCGACCUCACGCGUCUCCACGUAGCCCUCCAGCCGUCGGAAGCGCGCCGGUUGCUGCUGUGCGCACUGCCCCUGCAUGAUGCGGUGAACCACUGGCUAUCGGUGCAAGGCGACGCUGCAAGCGAGCUCACGUUGAGCCAGCGGCAUACGUGGCUGCGCAGCCGGCUCGAGCUCUUGACGGAUCUCGCUGCCACGUGUCAUGCACAGCAGGCGCGCAAAGAGGCAUUGGCAUAUCUCUACAAGGCACUCGACUGCCAUUAUGGCCUCUUGGAGCUCGCACUUUUAGAUACAACUCCAAACCACGCGCUUUUACUGGCGCGUAUCGAGAUUGCACGAGCGCAUCUACACCUUGGCGCAGUCUCGACGGAACUACAACUGUUGGACGCAGGUGCAUUCCACGCUCGCACGGCGGCGAGCGUCGCAUUCGAAGUGCUUUUGGCCGCGGCGCAAGCUCCGGUGGUCGCACGGCGGCAGCGCGACGAGUGGGCACAGCUGCUAGGUCGCGCACUGUACGACUUCAGCGUCCACCAAGAGAAACAGCACGAGGUCGAGCUCUCGCGCUUUGACUUGAUUUUGAACGACACGCAGACGGCCGACGCGCUCCAAGCGUGUCGAAAAGCUUAUGAAGUGACGGUCGCUAGCGUUGGGAAGCAGCAUCCUCGCGCCGACGUCCUUUGGAAGCGCUUGGAUACACUCGUCCACGUGACGAGCGCCACCAAGACGAACAAGAGCGAGCGUGGGUCUGUGGACGCAGACCCAUGGCGCACGCCGAGUGCGUGGAAGAGCUUAUUGCAGUCGUUCGGCUACGUGGGUGGGUGCGAUGUGCCAGAGAAGCCUGCGAUCCCAACCAAGCCACCAGCGGCGAAAAAGAUCGCGCCGACCCCCCGCGUCCCCAAGACGCCCACGAAACCCAACAUUGUGGAUUUAACGGGAUGCCCAACGCCGCGCCUUCUGGCCUUGAGCCCUGUGCUGCACAAGGACAUUGUUGUUGUCGACCCGUCGCCAACACCGAAUGCUCGGCGACCGCAGUCGGCCACGGCAUGGGCCCGGUCAACAGCAAGUACCUCUGCACUGGCAACACCACCAAAGCGUCCACGGCCACAGACGGCCAGCAGUGGUCGGUGUCCGACCCCGCGCAUCUUUAGCCCCGUGCGAAGCAAUCCAGCUACAACACUUGGGCACAAGACGCGGCUGGAGCUUGCCAUUGCCGACGCCAACGGCACAAAGACAGUGGUCGCACUCACGAUUCUGGAUACGCUGGAGGCGCCGCUGCCAGAGAAUGCAACGGCGUGA